ACGCAGAAGGCGGUCAGCAGUAGUCGCGUCUAAGUGUGACACCAAAAACAGAAAUUUUUAAAUCGGAAAAUUUAAAUAAUUAAAAUAUUGUAAAAUAUACACAAGAAAGCUAGUGAACUGUGAAAAUUCUGUGAACGUAAAAACGUUGCAAUUAAAAAAAAAAAACAAAAAAAAUCCAUCAAAAUGCUUUUGCAUCUAAACAAGCGGUGCGUACCGUGCAUUUUCACGUUGUUUUUGUGCCUUGCGUUUGCCCAAGAGGAGCUCUCAGCAUCUGUUACAACAACCACAACAGGUCCUACCACAGCAUCAAGCACAAAUGCCGCUGAUAUAUUGAAUAGCUCGCCCUCUACCACUACAACAACUACUACUGCUACUGUUUCUGCCACAGCAAAUCCUGCGCGUGCAGAGGUGGUCGGCUCUGGUAGUGACAAGCAGACGGCUGGGAGCACAGCGCAGCCAAAGAAAUAUUUCUCAUUGGACGACAACAUACCAGUUUGCAAAAAUGGCAGCCCCGAAUUCAACAAUUGCGUCAAGAAUCUCUUACAAGUGUCUUUACUCCGCGUGCAAAACGGUGACAAGGAGCUGAAUAUACCAGUAAUCGAUCCUUUCCGACUCAAUCGCACCACCUUCCAAUACUCAAAUGGCAAUGUACGCGGGCGUAUAAUAAUGCGCGACGCUCUCAUUUAUGGCUUUUCUAAAUUAGAUAUAAAAAUGCUCGACCUGAAAGUGGUGGAUGGCAAAAUAACUAUGAAAGCGCUAUCCAAUGUGCCAGAGAUAAGAAUUGUGGGCAAUUAUAAGGCGGAAUUCACGUUGAAUAAUGUGCAAUUGCGACCAAGGGGCCAAUUCAACGUGUCCUUGGUUGACGUGAAUAUUGACCAAACCUACGAGGGUGGUUUCUACGAUGCUGAUAGCCAUCGAUUUGUGCGUAUGACGAAAUUUGAUGCAGAUCCUAAAGUUAGUGACUUUAAGUUUUUGGCCAGUGGCGUAUUCCCAGAUCCAACAUUAAAUGAACUUGCGGUAAAUAUUAUAAAUCAAUAUUGGCGUCAAAUCUUCCAAGCCUUUCUGCCUGAAACACGUAAAUAUUGGGGACCAAUGCUGUUGCAGCAAAUCAAUGACAUAAUGUCGGUGGUGCCGUAUGAUGUUUUUGUUGUAAAUUAACGAAAUUAGCUGCACACAUACUAAUGCAAUUCAUAUAUUAUAAGUACGAGAAUAUGAAGUUAUGUAAACGAGUUCGUCGCUUAAGUCUUUCAUCUUACUUAGUUCUAAGAGCAGAUUUAUUUUUGUUCACUAUUUUUUGUAUAUAUUAAACAUAAAUUGCUUGAAAAUUUUUUCACUUUUA